AUGGUGCUUGCAGAUGAGUGCACUGGCAUCUUUGACUGGGAUGCGUUGGAAGCCUAUGGCAUCAGCAUGGUGCUUGGAGAUGAGUGCACUGGCAUCUUUGGCUGGGAUUCCCUGGAUGCUUAUGGCAGCAUGAGCAUGGGCCUUGGAGAUGAUGGUGAUGGGCCUAUCUCCAUUGGAAUCUGUGGCUGGGAUGCUCUGGAGGCCUAUGGGUGCAUGGAUUUUGGGUAUGAUGAGGCCUAUGGCAGCAUGAGCAUGGUGCUGGAUGAUGGUGGCACUGAUGAGAAUGGUGGUGGUGCUCCCUUUGAAGAUGGGCAUCAUGAGCACUAUGGGCCUACCAGCAAUGGAGCAGGAGAACAGCAUGUAGAAGAGGGAGGUGAAGAAGAGAAAGACUUUGAGGAAGAUGAGGUGAUAGAAAGUGAGGCUGAAGCAGUAGCAGAGACAAAGGCUGAUGAGGGAAGCAAUGAGGUUAAGACAGAGGCAGCAGGAGGAGAUGAUGAGAAGAAUCAGAAUAAAGCAAAACAAGAAGAAAAAGAAGAUAAGAAGAAUGAAUCCAGCAGCUUGAACAAGGCAAACAGCACUGAAUUGGAGUUGGAAGAGGAACCACAGCUGCCUCCCAAGAAAAGAGAGAAGAAGAUUGAGGAUGUGAUCAGAUCAUUGCUGCAUCAGGGCAUAGUCAACAAGGAUGGGCAAGUGGUUAAGUGGACUGAAGCUGAUAUGGCUGCCAUCAAGGAAGCAACAGAAAAGAAGUUGACAGAUCAGAUGGUGCCCAGCAUGAGGAACAGGGGAGGGAGGCCAGAAGUAAUGCAGGAAUUGAAGAGAGGAGUGGGUGGAGGUUUGAAGAGCAACAGAAGGCUAAAACAUCAGAAGAAGAAAAGACAUGAUUUGCCAGUCAGCCAUAAGCAUGCAUUAUGCCAAGAGAUUUUUGGCAUGAGAGAAGAACACAAAAAUGAGGAGGAGCUUUUGAUGCAUGCAGCGAAGAAGUUUAAGAUGAAGAGGGUGAAGCUGAGAUACAUCUGGAACAGGAGAUCAGAGUGGAAGAAGCAGAUGGAGCAGCAUGGCCUCAGCACAUCAGAGCAGCAUGUGGAAGGAAGAUCAGCAAGAAGAGGGAGCCAUGGGCCUGGUGCUACCAAGGUGGUGAGAAUGAGAGCCAAGGGUGGGGGCAGAAAGCUACAAUUCCCCAGCAUCUAUGAGCAGAUCAGGACAUGGGUGGAGCUCGAGAGAUCCCACUGCCAUACAGUAUUGCCAAGACAUGUUGGAUGGAAAUUUCAUGAGCUGCUUUUACAAUAUCAUCAGGAGCUCCAGGCCAAGAAUGAGCAGGGAAGCAUCAGCAAUAAGGAGAAGAAAGAUCUGGGGAGCAGCACCAAAAUGUUGAAAGGACUGGAAGAGCCAAAGAAUCUUGAUAGAAGAGCAAGGCAUGUCAUUGAGAGCAUUGGAGCAAAGGUCAGGAGCCCCAAUCUCACAACUCAGCUAUCAGAUGUGGAGCAGCAGAUCAGAGCAGAGCUGAGUUGGAAUCAGCAUGAUUACCAGAUCUGGAGGAUUGCACAAGCAAAGGAUGAGGACUAUAAGGAGCUCUUCAGCAGGCCAGAUCAGGCAAAACAGCAGAUGAGGAAGUGUGUGUUGCAUUUCUCUGAUCAGAUCCCAUUGUGGGUCAAGAAGCCUAGCAACAAAGAAGUUUUUGCAGCACAUGAGGCCAAGAAAUCUGCAAAGGAUGUUACAAGCCAUAGAGAGAAGAUCAGGGAGGAACUGGAUAAGAAAGCGCAUGAGAAGGGCAUUGUAGAAACAGAAAAUCAGCAGAAGGGAGAUGAGGAAAAGGAUCAGCAGAUUGUUCCUCAUGAUGAAGGUGAGGAAUGGCACAUUCCUGAAGCAGCAGAUCGCAAAUCAUCAGGCAAGAAACAUUUGACUACAAUGAGAGAACAAAAUGUUGACAAGUAUCGCAUUACAUUCGAAGCCCAUCAGAGUGUCCUCAACUUCUUUGACCCUGAUGAGAACCCAUUAGGUGUGGUUAGCCCUGGCAUCCUGAUUGUGCCAGGGCCACAUGCCUCUCUGGCAAACAUCAGUGAAACAGGAGAGUGGCUGCAGGAUGAGACCUACACCUACAUGGGACAGAAGAGAACUCAUAAGAAAGGCAACAAUGUGGGCAGGACAUUAGAACCUUGGAGGAAGCUGAGAAAGGAUGAGCCACAGCUGCUGAGGCAUUUCCAUGUCUAUUCUCAGCCAUCAUCGAACACUGAUGGGAUCAUCAUGUCCUGGGUCAUCAGAGACAUGAGCCACAAGGCAGGCAUGAGACUGCACCAAAGAGAUUGCUUUGGAGCAGCAUUUGUGGAUCAGGUGAGGCAGAUGCAGUUUUUGGCACAUGAGGUGCCAUCUUCCAUUGUUGCAAAGAUGACAUCAGCUCUCCAACUCACAGAUACUGACUUUAGUCGUCAGUUUAAAGCUUGUGUGAGGCAGUCAGUUGAUGAGACCAUGAGAACGGGAAUGCAGAAGCAGAGAAGGGAUGAGGAUAAGCCAAUAGGCAGCACCAGAAUCAGCAGCCAUUGGCUGAAGAAUCGUAUGAGCUGGAUCAAAGAAGCAGGAAGAUCAGUGGAUCCACCAAUAUGGGAAAGGAUUGAGGGAGCAAAGGAAUUAGCAGAUCUCUUGGAGUGGAGCUAUCAGCAGCAAGGAUUGGAGAAGAAUGAGGCAGUACUGGAUCUAGAAGGAGGCCAGGAAGAAGAGGGAGAAGAUCAGGAGAGCAUGAGCUUGGCUGCGAAGCAUGAGAAGGCAACCAAGAAGAAAGACAAGAAGAAUGCCAUCAAGAAUGUGGCAGUGAAGCUUCUAAAGAAAGGCAAAUCAGCACAGAAAGUUGAUGAGCCACCAGCAGGAGCUCCUCCAUUGCCACCUCCUGCAUUGCCACCUCCAGCGGAUGAGCCAGCAGCAGCCUAUGAGGUGCCAUCAGGCAAGUUGAGGAUCAUCAGUGAAUUUGCUGGUCCCAUGCUGUUUGGAAGGCAAGGAUCUGCAAUGGGAGCAGGGGAAACUCAGAUACAGUUGCAUUUGGAAAGUGAUCCGAGGAAUUCCUUUGAGAGGGUGGCAUGGGUAGACAGAGCAUGGGUCAUGAGCAUCGAUGAGAGCAUCAAGCCUUCCUGGGUAUUUCCUCAGCUAUCCCUAGGCAGGCAAGCCAAGCAGCACAUUUUGCUGCAAUCAGGCACUUGCCAUGUGGAUGUUGAUGAGAUGGAUCUCCCUUGGGAUGAGGUGGAAUUGGUUCCCAAAGAUAUGGGUGCAGAUGGUUUGGAUGGCCAACACAUCAUCUAUGGGUGGUUGGUGCUAUGCUACAUGGCAUCAGGCAAGAAGCUGGAUGAGAUACAGGGCAUCAGCAUGCUCAGCCCAGCAUUGGUGUGCUCAUUGGCUGCAGACAACCCUGCUGACAAUGAGUUUGUCAGCCAUGAGCUCCUAUGCAAAUGUCUCAAGAAGAAGAUGGCUGGCAAAGAUGAUACAUUUCUCUGCCCAUUGGCAUCUGGUGGCCAUUGGUCAUUGCUGGUGGUGGAUAAGCAUGCGGGUGAGAUCAGGUACUAUGAUUCCUUGUGUGGCUCAGAUGAUCGCAAAAAGAUUGGCACUGAGGAGGAAAUCAGCAACCUUCCAGAGAAAACUGUGGCAAUGGCAGAAAGAUUGCUGGGCAUCAUGCAAUCAUUGGGCUGCAUCAGUGAAGGCAUGCUUCACUGCCCAGCUUUGCAUAGGCAGAAUCAGAAAUCAAGACAGCCAUAUGGUAGCAACCUAUGUGGCCAAUAUCUUUUGGCAUAUGCUGAACAGGAGGUGAUGAGACAUCUGGGCCAUGGCCCUGCAGCUACUGGAUGGGCUGAACAUGCAGCCCAUGGGUGGCAUCAGCGAUUGCAGAAGCUCACACUGGCAUUGGCUGAUGAGAAGGAGAAGUACUACAAGGAUCUCCAGCAGCAGGAUGAGAAGAUCAAGGGCAAUGGUGCUAAAGCAUUCGAAGCCUUGCAGAAAACAUUGAAAGUGGCUGAGAUGAAGGUAAAGAAGGACCAGAUCCUGAAUGACAUGCAGAAGGAAGCCAUCAGAUUCCUCAAGGAGGGUGGCACCAUCCAGGAGGAUGAGCUGGGGGAUGAGUACCAGUCAGAGAUCAUGAGGAUCAGCUUGAAUGAGGUCGGGGUGUGUCCCAAAUGCAGGCAUCAGAGUGGAUGCUAUAAGUGCGACAAAUGGAAAUGCCUAAGGUAUUUCAUGAGACAGGCACUUAAGCGAACAGGCAAGCCCAUUGAAAAACAAUUUCAAUGA